AACCUGCCCGUGCCCUCACUACUAAUGGUCCCGCAGUGUGCGACAUGUGACAGUCACUUCCUGCCGGCGCAGCCGCAGAGUAGUGUGGGCGAUCUGUCUGGCCAAGAUGGCGGCGCCCGCAGUGAGAGGGCUGCUGUCUGGAUGCAGGCGCCUGUGCUCCGUGUCAGCGCUGCCGCUCUAUGUGAGGAGGUUAGGGAGCCUUCCCAGUGUCAUUCUCGGUGGUUUGGGUAAAAGAACACCUGAGAGUGCUUCUCAGCAGCAGCGCUCGUCUUUCCACUCAUCGGCACCUCGAAGAGGAUUGGAGGAGUUCUUUGAUGACCCUAAGAAUUGGGGAGAAAACUUGGUGAAGUCUGGUGACUCAUGGAGCCUUGGACUGCUGAGAGGAAAAAGUAGUGAAGAUUUACAUAAGCUUUGGUAUGUGUUACUGAAAGAGAAAAACAUGCUGCUGAGUUUAGAACAGGAAUCAAAGCGACAAAGAGUAGCUAUGCCAAGCCCUGAGCGGCUAGAUAAGGUGACCAAAUCUAUGGAGAAUCUACACACAGUAGUUACUGAAAGAGAAACUGCUUUACGGCUCCUGCAGACUGGUCAGGAAAAAGCAAGACCUGGAGACUGGAGAACAGACUGCUUUGGGGAAACAACAUGGCAUAGAUUCAAAGAGUGGCCAAUUCCUUGGUAUAUGAACAGACGUCAGUUAAAGAAUUCAUAUUUUGCUUUGCCAUAUGUUGAUCAUUACCUAAGGUUGAAGAAGGAGAAGGAACUGAGAGUCGAGAGACGAGAAAGAAAUGCUGCAAAGAAACAGCGACUUGACCUAGAAAGAAAGUUCCCACACAUAGCUAACAAAUCCUGAAGUAAAUUGUUUGUGUAAUUGUGAAAUAAAAAAAUAAAAAGUUACGUAUUUGUCCCUAA